AUGACGAGCACCUUAUAUCAUCCACAGAUCCACCAAGAUCCACCAUCCAACAGAUCCACUAAGACCCACCAUCCAACAGAUCCACCAAGACCCACCAUCCAACAGACCCACCAAGACCCAUCAUCCAACAGAUCCACCAAGACCCACCAUCCAACAGACCCACCAAGACCCAUCAUCCAACAGAUCCACCAAGACCCACCAUCCAACAGAUCCACCAAGACCCACCAUCCAACAGACCCAUCAUCCAACAGAUCCACCAAGACCCACCAUCCAACAGAUCCACCAAGACCCAUCAUCCAACAGAUCCACCAAGACCCACCAUCCAACAGAUCCACCAAGACCCAUCAUCCAACAGAUCCACCAAGACCCACCAUCCAACAGACCCACCAACACCCACCAUCCAACAGAUCCACCAAGACCCACCAUCCAACAGAUCCACCAAGACCCACCAUCCAACAGACCCACCAAGACCCAUCAUCCAACAGAUCCACCAAGACCCACCAUCCAACAGAUCCACCAAGACCCACCAUCCAACAGAUCCACCAAGACCCACCAUCCAACAGACCCACCAAGACCCAUCAUCCAACAGAUCCACCAAGACCCACCAUCCAACAGAUCCACCAAGACCCACCAUCCAACAGAUCCACCAAGACCCACCAUCCAACAGACCCACCAAGACCCACCAUCCAACAGAUCCACCAAGACCCACCAUCCAACAGACCCACCAAGACCCACCAUCCAACAGACCCACCUUAUAUCUGUUACUGA